AUGAGCCACAUCUACGGCAGCCACCUCUCCCCCAUGGGCAGCCCCUCCAUGCUGUACCUCCCGGCCGCCCUGAGCUUCGCCCCCAGCGGUGCGAUCUCCCGGCAGGACCCCCCGCAGAAGCCCCCCUACAGCUACAUCGCCCUCAUCGCCAUGGCCAUCAAAGAGGCUCCGGAGCAGAAGGUGACCCUCAGCGGCAUCUACCAGUUCAUCAUGGACCGCUUCCCUUUCUAUCACGACAACAAGCAGGGCUGGCAGAACAGCAUCCGCCACAACCUCUCCCUCAACGACUGCUUCGUCAAGGUGCCGCGGGAGAAGGGACGGCCCGGCAAGGGCAGCUACUGGACCCUGGACCCCCGGUGCCUGGACAUGUUCGAGAACGGCAACUACCGCCGGAGGAAGAGGAAGCCCAAAGCCCCCGGGCCACCGGAGGCGAAGGGCGGCGCGGCCCCCGCGGACGGCGGGCAACCGGCCGCUCGCUCCGACGAGCCCAAGAGGGCCAAGGGGACCUCCCCUGAAGGAGCUGUGGAUGCUCCCAUCAGGCACAGGGAGAGCUGUGCGGGGCAUGGACCAGUGCGGAGCACCCUCACCGUCCCCGGGCGCCUGCACGUGUCCAGGAGGUGCUGGCAAGAAGCCGCCGUCAGCGAGGUGAAGUGGGAUCAAGUACAGCUGCAAGACUUAAAAGCCACACUGGACCUGAUUUUGGUUUCACUCAGGAGAGUAAAAUUAGUAGACUUAACACAUUCUGCACAAAAGCGACACUAA